AUGUACAAAGGAAAAACAAAUGUGAAUGCAACAACUAUUGGUCAAACUUCUAAAAUAGACAGUUUAAUUUUAAGACUUAUGGAUCCUUAUUUAGAUAUGGGCCAUUGUUUGUUUAUGGACAACUAUUAUAAUAGUUUUAAUCUUUCUAAAAAAUUACUUGACCGACAAACCCAUACUACUGGAACUCUCAGGAACAACAUGAAAGGAAAUCCAAAACAAAUAACUAAAAAAAAAAUUAAAAAAGGGGAACAUGUUUGGAAACAAAAACAAUCAGUGUAUGUAUCGAAAUGGAAAGAAAAAAGGGAUGUUCUAUGUAUUACAACAAAGUUUCAACCCUCCAUGGUUUUAACAAAAAAUAGAUUUGGUCAAGAAAAAGUAAAGCCUGUUGAAAUAUCAAAGUAUAAUGAAUACAUGAGUGGAAUUGAUCGCGCUGACCAAAUGGUAAACUAUUAUUCUAGUCCUCGAAAAACAUUGGAGUGGUAUAAAAAAGUUUUAUUUCAUUUACUUGACAUCACAAUCUGGAAUACAUUUUACUUAUAUAAAAACAUUUUUAAAUGUUAUGAUAUGAGUUUCAAAGAAUUUAGAGAUUUAAUUAUAAAAAUUUUUUUGCAAAUUUCACCUACUGUAACUGCAACUGAUUUAUUCCAUCUAAAAAAUAAAAAAAAUCGCAAACAACCAAAUGAAGCACCAGACGAUAAACAUUAUCAAGAACCUAUCCCAGUACCUGAAAACUUCAAAAGAAGCAAGUGUUACAAUAUCUUAAAGUAG